GUGAGGCAGCGGCGAUGUGGGCGCGGGAGCUGGCGGUGUCGGCGCCGGGGAAGGUGAUCCUGCACGGGGAGCACGCCGUGGUGCUGGGCAAGGUGGCCCUGGCCGUGGCGCUGGACCUGCGGACGUUUCUCCGCCUGCGGCCCGGCGCUGAGGGCCGGCUGAGCGUCUCCCUGCCCGGCGUCGGCGUCCGGAGGAGCUGGGACACCCCCGGCCUCCGGGCCCUGCGGGGGCGGAUCGCAGCUGAUGUUGAUGAGUCCAAGUCCCCCAGUGUAGAACAGCUGGAUGCACUGAGGGAGUUUGCUGGAAUUGCUGCUGAGGCCUCAGCUCCAGAAAGUCUUGCUACUCUUGCCUUCCUGUAUAUGUGCCUGGCUAUUUCUGCUAAGUAUGGGGAUGUUCCCAGCGUGGAUAUCGUGGUGUGGUCGGAGCUGCCCACGGGAGCAGGGCUGGGAUCCAGUGCUGCCUAUGCUGUGUGCCUGGCUGCAGCCCUGCUCAUGGUGUGUGGAGCCAUCUCCUGCCCACUGCAGGAGGGAGAAUCCACAGCCAGGUGGACAGAAGAAGAACUGACACUGAUUAACAGCUGGGCCUUCCAAGGGGAGCGGGUGAUCCAUGGCAAUCCAUCGGGUGUGGACAAUGCUGUUGGCACCUGGGGUGGAGCCCUGAGAUACCAAGCAGGAAAAAUCACACCAUUAAAGAGGGUGCCCACACUGAGGAUCUUGCUGACCAACACAAAAGUCCCUCGGAGCACCAAGAUCCUGGUGGCUGGUGUAAAGGAGAAGAUCCUGAAGUUCCCUGCCAUAAUGAACCCAGUGCUGGACUCCAUUGAUGCCAUUUCUCAGGAGUGCCAAAGUGUUCUGGAAGCGAUGCCUGCAAAUCCAUCACCAGAGCAUUACCCUGUGCUGGAGGAAUUCUUUGACAUAAACCAGCACCACUUAAAUGUGCUUGGAGUGGGCCACCCCUCCCUGGACAGGCUGUGCCAGGUGACAGCGUCCCACAGCCUGCACAGCAAACUGACCGGGGCUGGUGGGGGUGGCUGUGGCAUCACCCUGCUGCCACCAGUGGUUGAACUGACUCUCUGGCUGCUCUUGCCUUGCUCUUGGCAGACACCUCCCCGCUGGCCGUGGAAGCAGCCAAGCAAGACUUGUGUGCCUGUGGAUUUGAAUGCUGGGAGACCAAGAUUGGGGCCCCGGGGGUGACCCUGCACUCCUGCUCCUCUCUGAGUGCCCAAGUGCUGCACGCGCUCGCCCAGAGCUGAGCUGCUGCCUCUGGCAGGCCUGAGCUCUUGGCACCACGUCCUCGGAGCUUUGUGUGCCCAGAUGCCUGGAAACUUCUUUCCCCUCUCCUGUGUGGCUGAGGGCCUCCAGACGUGGGCAUGGAGCCAGUUUGGGGCAUGGUGUCACUGGGAUUUGGGGCUGCAAUGGGGACCUGGGAGCACCCACCCAGUGGUGUUUGACCAAGGCUCUCGAAAAUCCUGGUUUGAAUUUCCUUCCUCAACUGCUGUGCUGAUCCCAAGGGGCAGGAGAAGAGGGGCUUGGCUGGAUUCCAGGGUGGAUAACGACACUUUGCUGCUUCAGAUGCAUGUGGUGUCUCUUCCCUCAUCCCUGCUGUCCUGUGGGAGCUGGCAAGGUGGAUGUGCACGGUGCUUUGAUGUUUUUGGGUGAAGAGCAUCUUUGGCAGCUCAGGGCUUGAUGCUCAUGUCUCUGUUUCUUCUGGACUACAUUCCUAGUGAAGAGCAAACCUUUAAUAGAGCUCUUCCCUGCUAUUAAUUAAGUGUUGGGUAAUUAAGAUGCAAGAUAAAUUGCAAUUUUAGUGAAAUUACGGAUUUUCACUCCUUUCCAUAAUCUCUGCCUGGGCUGAUAAGCGGAGUCCUGUAGUCAGGCUCUGGUUUUUAUUCACGUGUUCAAGGUCUGAUUCAAACAGCACCUUCAUGGAGGGCAGCUCCAGGCCAAGGGCAGGCUUAAAAUUCCUCCUUGUAAAAGCUUUUCUCUCACACUUCAGUCUUGAAUCAGCAUGGCCCUGACCCUGCCUGGUGUUUGGUUUACUUUGGUGUAAUUAAGUAGGGGAAAGAAACCCAAACCACGUCCUCAAAAGCUCACCAUAAGUUGCAGUUGACAAACUCUAAAACCUAAAUGCAUUUAGACUUAUUACAGAAAUGUAAAUGCAUUUUUUACUCCUGAAAUUUUAAUGAGCUGUGCCACAGAACGAAGGGGAAGUGGCUGAGGCCAGAAUCUCUGGGAGUCAUAAGCUGACUCUGAGGGACUGUGAUCUCUGCUGUACCUGCCAAGGGGGUUUUAUCAUCACUCUGUUUGUCUGAGGUGGGUUUUUAAGUGGGUUUUUAAGUGUAGCUGUGUUCAAGAAUCGCUUCACUCAAAGCUGAGUAAUGAAUUGGCAGAGGUGGGGAAUUUGCCUUCCCCUUCCAGCCCAGGGAUAAAAAAAAUCAAGUGUGAGAAGCUGAGAUGUUCUAGCUCUAAACUCCCAGCAUCAUGGUGACCAGCUUUAGUUCCCUGAUCCCAUGUAAAACUGUCUCUGGUUUUAAUAAAUCCAUGGGUUUUUUAUGUGCAAAGUGUUCUUUGAUAAUUAUUCUGGAUACAAAAGGAAAAAAGCACCUUACACUGCUUCAGGAAAGCAGGUCUCAGAUGCUGCCUUUCUACAUGUCUAAUUACAAUUCCAAUUUGCAUCUGAGAGCUGCUUUACACUAAUCACAAGUCAGAAAGGCUGAUAAAUAAUUUACCAUUUUCUAAUACAGUGUAAUCAAUGUGAGGAUCUGGGAGCGUGUUGACUUUAACCACUUACAUGUGUCGACUUUGUGAUGUUGGCACAAAGAGAUGCCAGAUCCAGCACAGGGAACUUUCCUUCAAAACAGCAUGUCUGGGGCUGAGCCUUGUUGGCUCUGAAGGCUGGGGACUAGAACUGAGGGAAAAUUCACAGAAUCCCAGGAUCAUUCAGCUUGGGAAAGCUUUCUAAGGUCAUCACGUCCAACCUAUGACCAAUCCCCACUUUCCCACCCAACCCAGAGCACUGAGUGUCACAUCCAGGCGUUCCUUGGACACCUACAGGGAUGGGGACUCCAAACAUCCCUGGGCAGCCCCUGCCAAGGCCUGACCACGCUUUCCAUGAGGAAAUUCCUCCUGAUGUCCAGCCUGAGUGCUCAUCGUGCUCUGCUCUGUGGCAGAGUGGAAGUGGUGACAUUCCGGGGCAGGGAGGGUGGUGGCAGUGUCGUGGCAGGAGGGUGACCCGUACUGGGGUCUGUGGGAGGGGUCCAGGGUGACACAGGCACUGCUGGGAUCUGCCUUCCCUGUGCCACAGGGACCAGAUCUGCCGAAGUCAGCAGCUGGAGCCAGUCCCAGUCUGGAGUGAGCACAGAUUUCACAUCCAUCUGUGAGCAGGGGAGUGCCCAUUCCGUCCUUUCCAAACUCCUCCUUCACCAGCUCCAUCAAACGCUCCGCAGGGGCAUUGCUACACCGGGGAUAGCCCGAGGGGUGGCUGGAAUGUUCCUGACCCCACCUUCCACACGGGAAUCACCCCUGCACUCACACCGAGUUCACCGUGACUCCUGAGCCCUGGGGCACACGGAAACCAUCCCUGCCCCUCCUCGGCCCGGGGCAGCAGGAGCAGCUGCUGCCGUGGGACUGCUGCCCCACGGGACACGGAGCGGGGCAGAAGGAGGCACAGCUCUGUCUCUCUUGUGUUUUGCUGCUUUGGAAGCAAAACUGAAGCCUGUGGAGCGUGUUCUCCCCAGGGAUCAGCCCCUCCUCUCCCAGGCACCCCGCGGGACGGAUGUGCAGCAGGGCAGCGAUUGCUGCUGAAGGAUUAGCCUGGUAAUUUGGCUAAUUUUUCUUGAGCUUCAUUUUUCACAUUACGAGCUCUGUAGCAAGACUAACGAGCCUGGCUUUGCCUCUAAUAGCCAGCACAGGGACGGGGAGCGGAGGCUGUGCUCCAGCCUGAAGGAGGGAUUGAGGAAUUGCAGAGCGUGGGGGUGCUGUGAGAGCUGGGGGGCCACCGGUGUUUAGUGACAACAAAAAGAGAAACACUUUGAAUAAAAAUACCUUUUAAAUCUUCCUUGUCCUUCACAGCCAGUGCCCGGGGCAGCAUCGCUGCCGGGGUGUCUCCCCCCAUCCCUGGGGAAUGUCCCGGUGCCCCGGAGGGCUCCUGGCCUCCCUCGGCACAUCCUCCCCUGAGCCGGACCCCGGCGCUCCCCGCCCGGCCCUGGCAGGCACAGAUGGUAUUAUUGUUUGUUUGCACUCGGUGUCAGCAGUGCCUUCUUUCUGCUCCGCUGAGUAGAUGCUGAGGAGGCAGUGACAUUAUUGGAGAUCGCGGAGAGAGCAGGAACAGGGUCAGCGAGAGAGAGGAAAUGUCAGCGCGCAGUCCCGCGGGGCUGGGGGGCCGCUCACACCCCCGGGGCUCCCGCUGCUCCAGGGGUCCCUCCUGGGGACAGGAGGUGACACUGGGACCCCCUGCUGGGCCAGUGCCAUGUCCUCGGACACACUUGGAGGGUUUGGGAGGUGUGCGGGUCCCCCGGGGCGAGUAGGGACAUCCCCCGAGCCAUUUUAAGGGCGAUUUCUGCAUCUGGCACCUCCCUUGUCUCCUCUGCUUCCCAUCCCCAGGGAUUCUGGGGCUCCCCCAUUCCCUGGGCUCAUGGGGAGCCCGUCCCCCCUGUCCCCCCCCAUCCCUCUCCCCUCCCAGUGCGCUGAAGGUUUUGAAAGUUAAGUAUUACCGUCUGCUUUGUUGUUGCCUAACUACGACAGACAAAUUGAGAACUAGUUGUCAAAAUGUCAGUGCACAACAAAUCAACAUUCAAAAUGAGUCUCAGCGCUAUGUGGUGUAUAAUUAAAAAAAAAUCCUUUUUAGAAAUUUCAGCAAGCGUUGGCUCUGCUUUAUAUUUGUCUGUGUGAUUAAUAAAGGCAGCUAAUUUUCAGACUUUAAAAACAGCUAGAAAAUAGCUCCUAAUUACAUAUUAGGUUCCAAGCGGCCCCCGCUGAGCGAGGCUGGUAUUGGUGGGCCAGAGAAUUUGGCAGGGGCUUAAUUACAUUCUGAGCAUCAUCUAAUUUUAGUUAAAUGUAAUGUAAUCAGCAGCAGAUGUCUGAAAUAAAAUAUGAAUUAUGAAUAUGAUGAAAUUUCAUUCUUGAAUAAAAAAGUAAUUUGCUAUUU